ACUAUAAGGAAACUGCUUUGUAUCUUCCAACGUCGCCGUCUCACUAUCUCCCAGAAUCCCAACUGUUACGCACACGCCGCUGCGCAAUUCAGCAGCUUUAUCCCCCCACCACCGCCUCACCCCCUAGUGAAAUAAAAGCAGGGAGGAGUUGGGACGGGGGAUUCUCUUCAUCUUCAUUUCUUAACUCUACCGGAGACAGUGAUUGCCGAUUGUGUCUUCAUCGGAAAAACAAAUCAAUCCAAGUUAUGCUUAACCCAUUGAGAAGAAUGUCUGGUUCCAGUUUAUCAGGUUCGAAUAAGAACUCCUCCUCUUCUGGGAAGGAUUCCCGUUGUUCAGACGGAAAAAAUGAAGAGGAGGAGGAGAAGCAGAGGGGGUCACCGUGUUCUAAUAAUGGUGGCCUGAAGGCGGGUAAGAAAUUGAGUGCUGCUAAGUACAGAGAAAUUUUACUCAAAAACCAAAGAAGGGUGGAGGAGGAUGAGAAAUCAGAUAAGAAGAAGAAGAAGAAGCUGAUAGAGGGUCUAAAAGUGGAUUUGGCUCAAGGGGUGAAGGGCAAACUAGGAGGAAAUGGUCGUAGGUCCAUGGAAAUAGAACAUAAUGGUGGCCAGUGCAGUGAAAUUAAGCUUAUGGGUGUUGAGAUUAAAGCAGAGGAUACAGUUCCUGUGGAACCAGAAGAGGGUGGAGGGAAGCUUAAUGUCAAGGUUUGUGGUGGAGAAGGAGGAAUUGGUGAAGAUUGUCGCAAGGAUGUACAAACCAAGGCUGCGGCGCAAAUGGCUAGUGAUGAUAAUGUUUGUGUCAUCUGCAAGCUUGGUGGAAGUACUGGAACGCUCUUGGGAUGCAGCGGCAAGGGUUGCAAAAAGAACUAUCAUCUCAAAUGUGUUGAUCUGCCCCUGAAGGACGUGCCCCCUAGUGUUUGGUAUUGUUUCAGUUGUGUUAAGAAGCGUUUUUUGCCUGGAGCAGUAGAAUUCAAUUUGGAUGCCGUAAAAGUGGAAUUGGCAGAUUCUGAAGGUUUGGGUACAGCUAAAUAUAGUUUAUGCAGUAAGAAUGGUUCUAAUGGCAGUGCUGAGAAACUGAGGAAGAAGCCUGUACGUGUUGUUGCGUCAGAUUCCAAGUUUGUCGAAUACUGGGUUCCUGCCAAGCUUUCCUAUGUGCAGCUUGAGCAGUAUUGUGACAUCCUCCUUUCUAAUUCGAUAUUACUUCGUUCAUGCUCAAAAGCUGAAACUGUGGAGGCUCUUCGUGAUGUUCUUACUUCUACCAGGAAGUGUUGCGACCAUCCCUAUUUUGUGAAUCCUUCUUUGCAGAAAACACUCAUGAACGGUCUGUUAGAAGCCGAGUUUCUGAAUGUUGGAAUAAAAGCAAGUGGCAAGCUACAAGUACUUGAUACGAUCCUUUCAGAGACCAAGAAGCAGGGCUUAAGAGUACUAAUCAUUUUUCAGUCAACUGUUGGCUCUAGUGGAAUCUCUUUGGGAGACGUCCUGGAUGAUGUUGUGCGUCAGAGAUGCGGUGAAGACUCCUACGAACGUGUUGAUUGUGGAUUGAUCAUGCCAGAUCCGCAAUUUUCGAAAAUCAGGCAAGCUGCCAUGAACAGGUUCAAUGACAAGGAUAAAGGGAGAAUUGUGUUUUUACUAGAUCGCCGUGCUUGCCACUCGAGCAUUAAGUUAUCAUCAGUUGAUAUUGUGAUUCUAUAUGACAGCGAUUUGAACCCAUACAAUGAUUUGAAACUUCUGCAGAAGAUCACUAUCAACUCACAGCACAAGCAGUUAAAACUGUUCCGUUUAUACUCGUUCUGUACCUUGGAAGAAAUGGUUCUAAUUCAUGCCAAGCAAGGUGUGUCUAUCGAUGCACAGAAUUUAAACCAUUCCACAAUUCAUCAGUUGCUUAGAUGGGGUGCUUCUUAUUUAUUCAAAGAGUUGAGUGAGUUCCAUGGUUCCUCCUCAUCCUCCGGUUCUAGCUUUUCUUCUAAGCAUUUGAUGGCAGAAUUGUUUGCUCUGCCACCUCAGGAUGCUGGAAAACCUAGUACAAGUAAUUCCUCAGUUGUUGUUAAAGUUAAUCAAACUGGAGGGACAUAUUCUAGAGAUAUUUCUUUACCUGGUGAGCUGGAGAUGCAGUCGGGUUACGGAGAUCCUUCUCAUGCCUUUUGGACAAAAUUACUGAAUAGGAAGACCCCGAGGUGGAGAUAUUUGCCUGCUGCAUCCUCACCUCAGAGGAUCCGUAAACGAGUUCAAUAUUUUCAAGGCUCAUUGGAAAAUGAGAAUUUUGAAAGCGAUGAUGUCAUGAAGAAGAGAAGGAAGGUUCUCACCGAUACCAUUGCUGCAGGAGAAUCUGAAACUCCAGUUGUUGAUUGCUCUCAAUUUCUGCCUGCUGUUCCAGUUGGCGCUUCUCGUUAUCGCAAAGCUAAUAAGAUAUCUAAUGUGCCUGCAGCUAGUAUGGGUGAGUCUGUUAAAAUAUCUGUUCAGCAAGAAUUGGAAGUCGAAGUCGGAGAAAGCCAUCAUAGCUGUCUACCGGUUCUUCCACCUCCCUCUGAGCCUCCAUGUCCGAAAUCCGUAGUUGAGAGCCAGGUUGGGCUAGUAAAUAGCUCAGCUUCAAGGUCAGCUUCACAACCUGACAUACAGCUAGACAAUGACAGCCAGUCUGAGCCUCCUCGCCCUGAACCCCCUGUCAAGGACCCGGUUGAGCUAGUAAGUAACCCAGCUUUAAGGUCAGCUUCGCAGCCUGAUAUACAGCUUGACAAUGGGCAUAUCACUUCUCAACAAGCUGAGUGUCCAAGACAACAACCAGUAACGAAAGAGCAUGCUGAGUUACCUUCUGAGGAAGUUAUUGCAGUGGAAGCAAUUCUUCAUCUGCCUAUUAUGUCUAUUGACACAUCUGUAGGUGGAAGGGGUAAGUCUGUCUCAGACUCCAGAAGCAUGGGAGGUGUUCCAGGUUCCAUUAAUCAUUCUCGGGAAAGUGCUCCAAUGACUUCUUCUCAGAUUUCUCAGUCUCUGCUCCGUCAUGACUCUUCUUCAAAUGAACAUGUAAGCAUCAACAAUGACAAACAGUUGGACAAUGGCAUCCAUUUAGGACAUAAUAUUAGCCGACAGGCUGAAUUUCCAACACAGCCAGCAACAACUGAAGUGCAUUCUGCGGUACCUUCUUACAAUAAUUCUUUGCAAGAUACAAUGCUUCAGCAACCUGUGGUUGUAAACAGACGUGUACGUGGAAGUGUUACACGUGUGUCAGAUUUCAGAAGCUUGGGAGUUGUUCCAGACCGCAAGAUUCAUCCUUGGCAAAUUGCUCCUUUGACUCCUCAGACUCUGCCUCAGGAUGACCCUUUUGAAUUUGAAUUGGCAAUACUUUGCAAGGAGCGGGAGGAAGUUUUGAAAUUGCACGAAGAAUUGAAAAUACGGAUGAAAUCUGAUUAUGACAAUGAGCUGCAAGCGGCUAACAGAAAAUAUAGAAAGCUUCAUCAUAAUAAUGAUACUGCAUUAGCUCAGACAAGGAAAGCAGUGCACACAAAUCGUAGCAUAUUCCUCAUGAAUGCAUUGUUAGCCGAGUGUUUUAGGUCUAAAAUGCUGUGAAGCCACCAGGGCUGCUGUGCCACUGGAAGACAUCAAGGUAUAUAGGUCCCUCAACUUUGAACUCUUCUAUCGUAUUUGAGAAAUGUUGUUAGUAUCUAUGGGGAGUUUUUUGAACCACAUUUAUAAUGCCACCAUAGUUGAUUCACAACUAUGCUAGGAUAAUAGGCUUUUAAUUAUUUGCUUGGAAAAGGGUCAGCUCUCAAUUUUUGUUUACACUGCUGUCCCAAAUUUUGUAAAGGAGUGUCAUGUAGAGAACCGAGUAAUUACAUAUAUCCUCGGCUCAGAAACAGAUUAUGGCUUCUUCUUUUUUUGGCGGUCAUACGUGCACAUAGAUGGAGAGCUGCACAAAACCGACUCAACCCACCAACCCAACUCACACCCGUCUGAAAUUAUCCGUACUCGAUCCAACCCACUUAAGAGCGGGUCGAUUAUGGGUCACAACAUCAAAACCCAUCGUAUGGUGGGUCGACUGUGGGUGACAACUGU